AUGACAAUUCCAAUUGAUACAAUCAUAUUAGAUAUUGAAGGUACAGUAUGUCCAAUCACAUUUGUUAAGGAAAUAUUAUUUCCAUAUUUCCUAAAUAAAUUACCCACGGUAUUAUCUAAAUUACAAUUCCCCAUUAAUUCAAUGUCAUCAGAUUCAAUAAUACAAAUCCUUAGUUUAUUACCACCAGAAGAAAGAUCAACCCCUGAGAUUACUUUCAAACAUUUUAAACAAUUAGUAGAUGAUGAUAUUAAAGAUCCAAUAUUAAAAUCAUUACAGGGGCAUAUUUGGGAACAAGGAUAUAAUGAUGGAGAAUUACAGGCACCAAUUUAUGAUGAUUCAAUUGAAUUUAUAAAACAGUUUACUCAGGAAAAUAGUAAUAAGAUAUAUAUAUAUUCUUCUGGGAGUAUAAAUGCUCAAAUCUUAUUAUUUAGUCAUGUAAAUGACAAUGGUAAUUCAGUUGAUUUAACGAAAUAUUUAAGUGGAUAUUUUGAUAUUCUUAGUGCUGGUUUUAAGAGUGAUCCUUCAUCUUAUAUUAGAAUCUUGGAUGAAAUUAAUAAACUGGAUUCUCCUAAAUCAGUUUUAUUCUUAAGUGAUAAUGUUAAUGAAGUUAAAGCAGCAAUUGAAGCUGGGAUGCAAAGUUAUAUUGUGGUUAGACCUGGUAAUUCUCCAUUAUCAGAUGAUGAUAAAUCAACUUAUAAAAUAAUCCAUUCAUUAGAUGAAUUGGAUUUAUAA